AGCCCCUCCAUUGGCCAGCUCCGUAAGGUGAGGAACCUGUGAGGGGAUAAAUCGGAACGAAGGCAUUUACACAGCCAGCGCGCUAGCUAGGGAGAGCCUGCUGCCUGCGAGCGAGGCCGCCGCGACCACGCCGCUGGAACUGUGCCCAAGACCCUUGCCUUCCGCUUUCCUCUUCUCUCGCAGCCAUCAGCCUACAAAGACAUGACCACCAACGCCAGCCCCUUGCACCCAUACUGGCCUCGGCAUCUGAGGCUGGACAACUUUGUGCCUAAUGACUGCCCCACUUGGCAUCUCCUGGCCGGCCUCUUCUCCAUCUCUGGGGUCUUGGUUGUGACCACAUGGCUGUUGUCAGGUCGUGCUGCGGUCGUCCCCCUGGGGACUUGGCGGCGACUGUCCCUGUGCUGGUUUGCCAUAUGUGGGUUCAUUCACAUGGUGAUUGAGGGCUGGUUCAGCCUCUACCACGAAGACCUUCUUGGAGACCAAGCUUUCUUGUCCCAACUCUGGAAAGAGUAUGCCAAAGGAGACAGCCGAUACAUCCUGAGUGACAACUUCACAAUAUGCAUGGAGACCAUCACAGCUUGCCUUUGGGGACCACUCAGCCUAUGGGUGGUAAUCGCCUUUCUCCGCCAGCAGCCCCUCCGCUUUGUCUUACAGCUCGUGGUCUCUGUGGGUCAGAUCUAUGGGGAUGUGCUCUAUUUUCUAACAGAGCACCGGGACGGAUUCCAGCAUGGGGAGCUGGGCCACCCACUCUACUUCUGGUUUUACUUUGUCUUCAUGAACGGCCUGUGGCUGGUGCUGCCUGGAAUCCUCGUGCUCGAUUCUGUAAAACAGCUCACUCAUGCCCAGAGCAUGCUGGACACCAAAACCACAAUAGCCAAGAGCAAGCUGAACUAAUAAGUAGUAGGCUGGGCUUGAACACUGGCCGAUGAGGAACCCUCCACCAGGAAGAAGAGUCCAGUCCCAUAGGUUGGAGGGACAAAGCAAAUUGAUCUGUCAAACUCGGGUUAAUGGGUAAGCACCAGAAGGGCCAGAGGCAGGGGCAAAAAAGGAGCUGUGUAGAGCUACAGCCAGGAGCCACUGGGACAAAGGUACAGAAGAAACUAGAAGGGCCAUAAUGGUGGCAGUUUUUAAAAUCAGGAAAUAAAAGAUCUUGACC